UCCUUUGGCAGGUGUAUUCUUAACCACUACACCACCAGGGAAGCCCCUGUAGGUAGGAAUCUUAAAAGACCAUCUAGUUCAGCACCCACAUUUCACAGAGAACUUUAAGAUGACUCUAACGCCUAUGGUAUUAAGUGAUUUGCGGCAGGUCAAAUAUUUAGAUAGCAGCAUCAUUUGGUGUUCUAGCAUCCUUCUCCAAGAAAGUUGGAGGGGUAGUAUGAUAUUCUGUACCAGGCAAAUGUGUGAACAGUCUUAGAUAGCUACAUGGGUUCUGACAGUGCAGAGAAAAAAAGUAUUAACACAAUUAGAUUGUAAAACUCUUGGCCUCCAUUUCACACGCUUCACAUUGGUCCACAGUCACAAAGCUCAUUGUGACUGUGAAACAAUAGGAUUAAUUGUGAAAACAGUACUUCUUUAAAUAUUUGAAAUUAGAAUGGAAAAUAUGUUGAAAUAGAUGAGGGGGUGUAAAUUGAAUUAAAUAGUAAUUGUGUUCCAAGUCCAGGGACAGACAAGUGGCUUGGAAAGUCGGUUUUCCAUAUCAGAGGGACAGGUGGUGAGAAAGCCAGAGCCUGGGGCCAGUGAUGAGACAGUCCCCAACCCAGUGGUGGAUUUUCUCACCAUUGUGUGCUAUCUUCCCUCCUAGCCUGCCUGGGGAGGGUCCCAGGGAAGCCCUAGGCUUAAGGCAGUGCUGUUACAGUCUUGAAACCUCACUGGUAAAUGAUAUCACAGGUUGGUUACCCAGACCCAGAUCGAUAAACGACUCAGGCAGCGGAUCGAUCACAUUUCCGGGGAGAAUCUACCCUUUGUAACCUGCAGGGGGGCAGGUGGUUUAUCAAAAGAUAAGGCUCUGGCUUGAAGGAUUUAAUGCCGCUCUUUCCCCACUCCUGUCUCCUCCUUGGAGGGCCUGGGCCGUAACAGCGGGGUAAUAAACUACUUUUCAUUAAAGAGAUCUGGGGAAUAGGAGUGGGAGGGGGCCGUAAAGGUGGGGACAGAAGGCACAAAUCCGCUCCAAGACGGGAAGCCAGGGUGAGGGCGCGCUGGGUUCACUUCCCCCUGCCCCUCCUCCUUCCGAAGCCACCCUGAGUUUCCGUGCCCGGCGAAGUGGCCCAGCGCCGCGCCAGGCCGCUGGCCGAGCUCUUGGCGCUCCGGCCGGGCUGCAGCCCCCUCCCCGUCGCCCCGGGCCCGGAGCCCCUCCCAGCACGCUUCCCCUCUUUCCCUUCCCUUCCCUUCCCUUCCCUUCCCGGCCCGGCCUCCGCCUUCUGCGCGCACAGCCUCCGCCAGCGCCGAGCCCCCUGGAGCCGGAGCGCGGCGAAGGGGCGCCGCCGGCCCCUCCCCAGCGCGCUGACAGCAGGCUCCGGGGCCCCCGCCCCGUCCUCUCGCCGGCGGGACACACCCCCGCCCCUCCUCUGCUCCGCCAGUUCCCGCCGGACCCACCGGGCGGCGGAGAGAGCUGGCGGGCGAGCCGGAGAGCGGCGGAGGCGGCGCUGGAGGGAAGGGGCGCGCGGCAGGCCCACGGGGAGCCGCCCGGGCGCACGGAGUCCGCGUCCGCUCUCGACCGUCCCCGCUCCGCGGCCGUACCUGAGGGCGCCGGGAGCCCGGGCAGCGGCGCGCCGGACCGGGGUGGCGUGGGGGCCGGGGACCUGGGAAGCGGGAGAAGGAGCCGGAGCUGGACCAGGAUGAGAAGGUGACGCCGCCGGGGGGCGCCACUCGCUCUGUGGGGGAAGAUGCUCGCCUACUGCGUGCAAGAUGCCACCGUGGUGGACGUGGAGAAACGGAGGAACCCCUCCAAGCACUAUGUAUACAUCAUUAACGUGACCUGGUCCGACUCCACGUCCCAGACCAUCUACCGGAGGUACAGCAAGUUCUUUGACCUGCAGAUGCAGCUUUUGGAUAAGUUUCCCAUCGAAGGUGGCCAGAAGGACCCCAAGCAGAGAAUCAUCCCCUUCCUCCCAGGCAAAAUCCUCUUCCGGAGAAGCCACAUCCGGGACGUAGCUGUGAAGAGGCUGAAGCCCAUCGAUGAGUACUGCCGGGCACUUGUCCGGCUGCCACCCCAUAUUUCACAGUGUGAUGAAGUCUUUCGGUUCUUUGAGGCCCGACCGGAGGAUGUCAACCCCCCGAAAGAGGACUAUGGCAGUUCCAAGAGGAAAUCAGUGUGGCUCUCCAGCUGGGCUGAGUCUCCUAAGAAGAACGUGACAGGUGCCGACACCCACGCCGAGCCCAUGAUCCUGGAACAGUACGUGGUGGUGUCCAACUAUAAGAAGCAGGAGAACUCGGAGCUGAGCCUCCAGGCCGGGGAGGUGGUGGAUGUCAUCGAGAAGAACGAGAGCGGCUGGUGGUUCGUGAGCACCUCUGAGGAACAGGGCUGGGUCCCUGCCACCUACCUGGAGGCCCAGAAUGGUACUCGGGACGACUCAGAUAUCAACACCUCCAAGACUGGGGAAGUGUCCAAGAGACGCAAGGCCCAUCUGCGGCGCCUGGAUCGCCGGUGGACCCUGGGCGGGAUGGUCAACAGGCAGCACAGCCGAGAGGAGAAGUAUGUCACUGUGCAGCCUUACACCAGCCAAAGCAAGGACGAGAUUGGCUUUGAGAAGGGCGUCACCGUGGAGGUGAUCCGGAAGAAUCUGGAGGGCUGGUGGUACAUCAGAUACCUGGGCAAAGAGGGCUGGGCACCAGCAUCCUACCUGAAGAAAGCCAAGGAUGACCUGCCAGCGCGGAAGAAGAAUCUGGCAGGCCCGGUGGAGAUCAUCGGGAACAUCAUGGAGAUCAGCAACCUGCUGAACAAAAAGGCGUCCGGGGACAAGGAGACCACCCCGGCUGAAGGCGAGGGCCCAGAGGCCCCCGUCACCAAGAAGGAGAUCAGCCUGCCCAUCCUCUGCAAUGCUUCCAACGGCAGCGCCCUGGGUGUCCCCGAGAGGACCGCCUCCAAGCCGGCCCAGGGCUCCCCAGCCGUGGCCAGGAUCGCCCCUCAGAGGGCCCAGAUCAGCUCCCCGAACCUCAGGACAAGGCCUCCACCUCGCAGAGAGUCCAGCUUGGGGUUCCAGCUGCCUAAGCCGCCAGAGCCCCCUUCUGUUGAGGUGGAGUACUACACCAUUGCCGAAUUCCAGUCGUGCAUUUCUGAUGGGAUCAGUUUUCGAGGCGGACAGAAGGCAGAGGUCAUCGACAAGAACUCAGGUGGCUGGUGGUACGUGCAGAUCGGUGAGAAGGAGGGCUGGGCCCCCGCGUCGUACAUCGAUAAGCGCAGGAAGCCCAACCUGAGCCGCCGCACGAGCACCCUGACGCGGCCCAAGGUGCCCCCACCGGCACCACCCAGCAAGCCCAAGGAGGCCGAGGAGGGUCUGGCGGGUGCUGGUGAGAGCCAGGACUCCCCGCUGAGGCUCAGGUACGAGGAGCCCGAGUAUGACAUCCCUGCCUUUGGCUUCGACUCAGAGCCAGAGCUGAGUGAGGAGCCCGCAGAGGACGGCGGCUCGGGGGACAGGCGGCCCGGCCAGCCCCACAGGCCCUCGCCCGCCUUCUCACUGCAGCGCGCCCGCUUCAAGGUGGGCGGAUCUGCAGAGGACGUGGCCCUGGAAGAGGAGACCAUCUAUGAGAACGAGGGCUUCCGGGCAUGUGCAGAGGACACCCUGUCGGCCAGGCGCUCCUCCCGGGACAGCGACUCCCCAGGCGGCUCCCCGCUGUCCCUUGCCAGGAAAAACUCCCCCAGAUCGGGCUCCCCCAAAUCGUCGUCGCUCUUGAAGCUCAAGGCAGAGAAGAACGCCCAGGCGGAACUGGGGAAGAACCACUCCUCGGCCUCUUUUUCCUCGUCCAUCACCAUCAACACCACCUGCUCUUCCUCUUCCUCCUCUUCCUCCUCGUCCUUGUCCAAGAACAGUGGGGACCUGAAGCGCCGUUCUGCCUCGGACGCAGGCAUCCGCGGCGCUCCCAAGGUCGGAGCGAGGAAGGAUGCUGACCCGAAGACUGGGCUGACCUCCUGUGCCCGGGCCAAGCCAUCAGUUCGGCCCAAGCCAUUCCUGAGCCGCACAGAGUCCCAGAGUCAGGAGAAGAUGGACAUCAGCACUUUACGGCGCCAGCUGAGGCCCAUUGGCCAGCUCCGGGGCGGCCUCAAGGGCGCCAAGAGCGAGGAUUCAGAGCUGCCCCCCCAGAUGGCCUUCGAGGGUCCCGGUGAGGGGUCCAGGAGAGGCUCAGCCGACCUCAUCACCCUCCCUGCCGCCACGCCCCCGUGUCCCACCAAGAAGGGGUGGGAAGGGCAGGCCACCUCCUACACGACAUGCAGUGCCUACCAAAAGGUCCAGGACUCGGAGAUCAGCUUCCCGGCAGGCGUGGAGGUGCAGGUGCUUGAGAAGCUGGAAAGUGGCUGGUGGUACGUGAGGUUUGGGGAGCUGGAGGGCUGGGCCCCCUCCCACUAUCUGGUGCUCGGUGAGAACGAGCAAUUCGACCCCCCUGGCAAAGAGCUGGACACAGUGGCCCCCAAGAGCAAGCAGAACGAGGGCAAGUCAGACAGCCUGGAAAAGAUCGAGAAGCGGGUCCAAGCGCUGAACACUGUCAACCAGAGCAAAAGGGCCACGCCGCCCAUCCCCUCCAAGCCUCCCGGGGGCUUCGUCAAGACCUCGGGUGCCGGGGCGGUGAAGAUGAGGAAUGGCGUGCGGCAGGUGGCCGUGAGGCCCCAGUCGGUGUUCGUGUCCCCACCGCCCAAGGACAGCAACCUGUCCUGUGCCCUGAGGAGGAAUGAGUCGCUGACGGCCACCGACGGCCUCCGAGGCGUCCGCCGGAACUCCUCCUUCAGCACUGCCCGCUCGGCAGCCGCAGAAGCCAAGGGCCGCCUGGUCGAACGGGCCGCCAGCCAGGGCUCGGACCCUCCUCUGCUGCCCACUCAGCGCAACGGCAUCCCGGUGUCCCCUGUGCGCCCCAAGCCCAUUGAGAAGUCCCAGUUCAUCCACAACAACCUCAAAGAUGUGUACGUCUCGAUCGCAGACUACGAGGGGGACGAGGAGACGGCGGGCUUCCAGGAGGGCGUGUCCAUGGAGGUCCUGGAGAGGAACCCCAACGGCUGGUGGUACUGCCAGAUUCUGGACGGGGUGAAGCCCUUCAAAGGCUGGGUGCCCUCCAACUACCUGGAGAAAAAGAACUAAUGAGGAGUGGUGGGGGGCCUAAGUCCUUGCAGCCUCAGUAUGGGUGAGCUGUGAGAGAAGACAAAAGGGAAAGGGAAAAUGGGAGGGGGUGGGGGGGACAACGUUAAACCUGCAGAAUGUGGGACCUCGAAGAUACUCCCCUCCAGGCUGUCCCCCAGCUGGAAGGUAGGGUCUGGUGGGGGCCCACAUUGAGCAGGGAGUGGAAGGGGCAGGGGUGUCCUGGGCCUGGGACCGGAGGCAAGAAAGCUGAGCCCUCACACGUGCACCUUGGGAACUUUGCUGAUGGACUCGGCACCAUUUGGGACAGGCCAUGUAGGAAACCCCAAUUUGUGCCUUGGCUGCAAAUCUGGGAAAGGUGUGGUUGUGCGGGCCUCCUGUGCCCUGCCCCUGCCUAGCCUGGCUUCCGUUGCUGGCAUCUUGUACCCCGGAAGUAGCCCUUGUAUCAUCCUAAUCUAUGUUUGUGAGUUAUGCUGGUUUCCCAGGAAUCUCUGCCACCUGCCAUGGGUGGGUGUGGUAGGAGAUACCACUGGCCCUGGGGCUGGGAGGCAUCUCCUGUGAGCUCAGGCUGUCCCUGGGCCAGGCCACUGUUUCUUGUUAGUUGAAGAGAAAGCAGUUCCCCAGCUGCCAGCAAGGACCACCAUUCUUAGCCGUCACUGCUGCUGGCCUUGAGAAGAGAGCUUGCCCUGCCUGGGGCACCCCCGUGGAGGACCACCGGCUCCAGUGUUCACAGAGAAGGCAGGUAGAGCCGUCGGUCUUUUCACAGUCUGCACAGACUUUAUUUUGGAUAUUUCUGGGUGGGCAGUUCUUUGCAAGUUUUGGGAGAGAUGUAUUGCUUUGGGCCUUCUAUGUCAGGCCUUGGGUUUUGGUCUUACUUUAGGAGUUGUUUGGGGACCCAAGGGCGGUCAGCCUCACGGGACGGGAUGGGUAGUGGAUGGCCUUUCUAUCAUACUCUUGUGGGGAGGUGGUUUGGUUUGUGUUUUGCAUUCUUCCCUCCACAAGCCAAAGUCGCUUCAUUUGGUUUCCACUGUGUGGACAGUACCGGUGCUUGCCAGAGGGAUCUCAGGCUGGAGGAGCCCUGGUCCCAGCCGUGGCAAAGCAGAGACGCUGCUCUCCUGGUUCUUGUGCAACCUCAGCAGGGCAGAACCCUCAGCAGGGAGGAGGGUGGUGUUCAGGAGAGGGGCAGCGAACGUUCUCCUGCCUGGGCAGGGCCCGAAGCCUUAUGUGAAGGCUGUGGAGCAGCAGCCAUCGCCCUCACCCUGGGCCAAGGGGAACCUGCUGGGCGGACACCACCAGGCACCCCCUGGCCUGCAAGCAAUACCGCAGGUGCCCGAGGAGGCGAAGAUCCCUGGGCCAGGAGCCAACCUGGUCUUUCUGAGGGGCAGUGCCCCUGCGAAGAGAGAAGGGAGAGAAUGACGUCCCUGUCAACUCUGGGUGGUGUCUUUCAGUCGACACUUCAGAGGCCAAACUGGCUUCCCCAAGGACUCACUCUUCACUGGGAGUGGAUUUCCACACGUGCCUUUGAUUGUGGACAGAUCAGGCUUCACAGCCCCCGACUCAGCUGCCAGAUCCUGGACUAAGGAGGAAAGGCCCUCCCUCCGCCCACACUCCCCCGCCCCCCAGGAAGCGUAUGAUGCCUGAAGAACAGCGGGGGACCCGCGCCUCGUGCCCUCAGCCCCCAGCCGCCCUGCCCUCCUCCUUCGCCGUACGUACACUGACGCCUGGCAGCUCUAGCAAACUGCUCCCGUUCUAUGUUGAAAAGGCCGUGGUGAGAUUUUGCUUCCUUUUGUUUGUUUAAAAUUAAAAUUAGUUAUUAUUU